UUUGGCGUUCAUAUACAACUGUAGGUAAAAGUUUUUGAAACGAAAGUAAUUGAAAUUAUGUGAGAAGUAACAAAUGGAUUCUAACAACGAGGACUUAAUUCUGACCAGACCCAUAUAUGAAAAUGGAGAAUACAAGAAUCCCUGGAACCAUCAAGAAUUGCCGAGUAUUGCAAGUAAAAGGACACUUGGUUUUCUUUGGAAACUGCUUGUAACUUCUGGAAACCUUCCAAGUAAAAAGGUUUUGGAUGAACAACUUCCGGUGGAGAGACCAGAUUUUGGUAAAUUGUGCAAUCCUCCAGUUUCGGGGAUCCAGAUGACCUGGAUUGGUCAUGCAACAGUCCUAGUGCAGUUUGACGGUAUAUCAGUUCUCACUGAUCCUAUAUUUAGCCAACGUUGUUCCCCAUUUUCUUGGAUUGGAGGAAACAAGCGAUAUCGCCCUCCUCCAUGUAAAAUAGAGGAGCUCCCAAAAGUUGACGUCGUUUUGAUUAGUCAUUCACACUAUGACCACUUGGACUAUAGCUCUGUCCAAAAGCUGAAUAAACAGUUUGGUGACUCUUUACACUGGUUUGUCCCAGUUGGCUUAAAACCCUGGAUGGAGAGUGCCGGAUGUCAAAAAGUUACAGAGCUCUCAUGGUGGGAGGAAGUAAAAUUUAAAAGCAAAGAAGAAUUCUUAAUUGCUUGCACACCAACACAACACUUUUCAGGACGAACAUUAUUUGACAGGAACAAGAGUCUCUGGGGAAGUUGGGUGGUAAAAGGACCGAAAUCAACGUUUUUCUUCUCUGGGGACACCGGAUAUUCCAAAGAUUUCAAAACGAUAGGGAAAAAAUAUGGACCAAUGACAUUGGCUGCUAUCCCCAUAGGCGCAUAUGCUCCAAGAGAUUUCUUAAAAUAUCACCAUGUAAAUCCGGAGGAAGCAGUACAAAUCCACAAAGAUGUCCAGGCUAAGUUCUCGCUAGGAAUACACUGGGGAACAUUUAGAAUGGCUCUAGAGCCAUACGAUGAAUGUGUCAAAAGAGUAGCAACAACCUUAAGAGAGAAAAACUUACAGCCUGGAUCGUUUUUUACCUUACGGCAUGGUCAAGUGGCUACAAUCGGUGAAAAUAGCCACGAUGAAGUUGAUUAAUAUCAUAAUGACUUAAUUUUUGCGAGUCCAAACAAAUGUUUCAUAAAGAUUAAUGUCAUUCGAAAAUUGUUCUUAUUGUCAAAUCCUGACAUCAGACCACAAUACAGAACAGAACAAAAUAUUUAUUUCUUAUUUAGAGGCCAAAAUAGUCAAAAAUGAAAUGAUUAUUUUCAAGAAUAAGGAAAUACAGUAUAAUUAUUAGUCCAUGACAUUGCUUAUUUUUAACAAUAAUCUUAUUUUAAUGCUAUUUCAGGUUUUAAAAAAUACAUUAUAUAAAAGAAAUAUGACUACCAUAACAUGUUAUCUUUAAAAUUUUGCCCACAAAAUUAAGAAUUUCCUUGUUUUCAGUCCCCAGGAACCAAAAAAGUUUUUGUUCAUUAUAAUUAUGUAACAACAAUUUCCAAUUCCUAGACAAGACCGUGAUUGCUACGCUAUGUAGAUAACUGUAACCUACAGUGACCUCGUGUGUGCAAGGUGAUGAUUUAUUUUUGCUGUUUUCCCUCAGGAUUUGCCAAGUAAAUCCUUUACGUUUGUAAACUGUAUGCAUACAAAUAAACUUAUUCUAUUGCUACAAAU